AUGAUGGAAAAAAGUGGAGAGAUUGUAUUCAUUCAAUUAACGGCAGUUGAGAAGAACAUUGUGUACACACCAAAAGAUACUUUCACGUUAGCGUGUAAUGUUACUGAAGCUGCAGGAACUCCCUCAGUUGUAUGGAAGAAAGGGGAUACAGAGGUAACGAAAAUAGAGAGUCUCAAGGGCAAAUAUAAUAUGAAAUAUGACGAGGCAAAAAGUGUUGUCACAUUGACAAUUAGUGAGGCAAGGGAAGAAUUUUUUGGAAAUUACUCCUGCAUAGUAUAUAGUGGUGAUACAGUUGAAUCGUCAGAUGUGAUCACGGUGAGAAAUAAAUAUGCCGCCCUUUGGCCUUUCCUAGGAAUCUGCGCCGAAGUUAUCAUUUUAUGUGCCAUUAUUAUAGUAUAUGAGAAAAAACGCAAUAAGACCGAACUCGAAGAAAGUGAUACAGACCAAAGUCCAGACCAUUCCAAAAACGUCACAGACCGAAAUUUCUUCCACAUCAUCCUCGAUGGGAUGCAUGCUUCACAGCAUCAGUAUAUAAAAGUGAAUUUAAUAUUGCAUCGCUACCACCUACAGAAGAAGCAGCAGCAGCACGACAACAUUCGUUCCGAACCUAUCUCCAGGUUGAGCAGUGGUAAAGAAAUGAACAAAAUACAGAGCAAUGGGGAUGGAAAGAAACAAGAAGAACAGACUAAUUCCUGUCAUCACAUUCGAGCCCUCGGCUACGGAAAGCUUAUUAAAAUGUAUUUCUUGCACAUGCAAAAAGAAAUAUCAGAAAGUCUGUGGAUGCAGAAAGGCAGGGUUAAACUGCUCCGUUAUAUGCACGAAUUGUAG